AUGCAGCGCGAGAAGAAUGUAAAAGUCAGAGAAGUAAUCACAGCGCUUUGUAAGCUUCUAUCAGCACUGGGUGUUAAAGCGGUACCAACUGCCGAAGCUUUUAGGAGAGCCAAAUUCAACAAGACGGAUGCGACACAAGACAUGUGGAAGUUGCUCCAUAGUCUCCUAAUGAAGGCUUUUGAACGAGACUGUGCCUGCCAGGAGUCACACUCAUACUUGGACUCACAGCUGGGGUUUGUAAGGAGUGCACUGUGGUACACUGGUUAUGGGAGCUGGUGGACGACCAAUGCCCAGUCCUGUAGAAGCACAAAUGAGAUUGGGAGCCGAGACCUGCUGUUGGCCCUGGGCUGGGUCAUGUCCUCUGAAAACCUGCUGGAGUCCCUGCUUGGAGAGAAAGUUCUAGAAUUAGAGCUGCUCUCAUCUGCACCAAGGGCUGUACCUAGUGUGGAGGAUUUGAUGCUGUGUUUAAGUGGAUCUGGAGUGGAUGCAGCAGGGAAAGAAGAUGUUAAGAACAUGCAGUGGCAGUACGGGAAAUUAAGGCUGCAGUGGAGGAAUCAUCUAGCAGCCCAGCAAGAGCAGGCCAAGCUUACCCACAAGGUCUUCUCCAAAAUCUGCUCAUCCCCCAUCUCUGAGACCAGCACUACUAGUGUUCCUAAAAGCACAACAUCCUCUGGACUUGAUGAGGAUCUGGAACGCAUACGGUCCUUGAAUGAAGUACUUGAGGCGUAUCUGGAAUGGAAAGUUGUGGAACCACUGUUUUGGUGCUGGAUGGACAGUGUGAUUGAUGGCUACCUCUCAGACAACUGCAGCAAGGGGUUAGCUAACAUGCCAUUCAGUGACCACUCUGUCACUCAGAGCUGUUCCCACAAUGACAAGGCCAGCAGAUCCAUGAGACAUCUAGACAAGAUGCUGCUGAGGCUACAGACAGAGUUCCAGCUCAGCCGAGUAGAAAAGACCGCACAGCCACUUACAUCACAGGACAGCCACACAGGUGUAACCUGGCUCAACCAGGAACAGAAAGAGAAGGUGGAGAGAAGAGUGGCUGCCCGCUUACAAGGCUUAUCUCUUGCUAACACCCCCACAGCCAUGACCAGAGGCUUCAUGCCAUACCUCCAGGAGCCACAGGCCUCAAGGUCAACUCGCAAGCCCCAGAAAGGUGACCUGAGCCAUGAAAUGGCUUCAGGAAAGCUCCACGUUUCAUCAGCUCUAAGAGUUUUGAAGGAGAAGGAGGCGGUGCUGCUUUGGGAACUGGAGCUAAUCAGGCAGAGUCAUAGAGAGCAAAUACAGGCACAGGCCAGUACACAGGAGGGACUUGUGCUUAUCCCACCAUUUAAAAGAUGACACAUAUAGAAACGUGUACUGUAGACACUGCAGUAUUUCACAGUACAAUCUUCACAUUAAGAGCUGUGAUGGAUUCUCAGAGGACAUCUGCAGGGGUGGAAAAUGAACUUAGUAACAAAGAAAAACUACAGAGAAGUUGUAAGUACUUCAAAGGGAAACAGGUGGACAAUCAGUGAAAUUCUAAUUCUUUGCCUUUUCAAGAAUGAUGUGCUGUCUGUGCAUUUCUGUUGGUGUGUCUGUAUUACAAUAAGAAAGAAAAUUUGUUUAAUUACUUUUUCUUUUUGUUAUAUACUAAUCCAGGGGUCGGCAACACGCGGCUCCAGAAUGGUAUGCGGCUCUUUAAAAAUAAAAUAAAAUAAAGCUCUGUUGAUCAUUCUAACAGUUUUUACCCUAAAUGUAGCCAGUAAAUGUAGCCUGUAUCUGCUUAUUUACCAACCUUUAAACCUGAAGAUUGGCAACCAGACUGCUGGGCACAUAGCAGUGCAUACAGUCUCGCCUAGCUAGUAGCUAACGAAAAGACAAAGAUAGAUUUGAGACAAACAUUGAUAAUUCAUAGACAAACUGACAAACUCAUUAGCAUUUAUUAGCACUUUCCUAAUAUGUUUCAUCUGCAGCGAGAGACUGUUAAACAAUAAAAUGUCUGAGGCUGAAGUCAGCUUCUCAUUCUAAUUUUCCAGUUCCAGGCACCAGUUUAAGGUGGACCGGGAAAAUUAGAACAAGAAUUGAGUGAAUGAGAAACCAAGUUAGCCUCAUAAGAAUUCGAACAUUGAGAGAUGAGCUAAAGCUUAAAGCAGAGCAAAGUAAAUCUAAGUUUAAAUCUAAGAUUAUUUUUUAGCCUACAGUAGUACAUUACCACAUAGUGAGACCUAUUUAAAGCCAAUAUGGUAAAAUGGACUUACAAUAUUGUGUCUCCUGAGAUGGUUUGAUUUUUGUAUAAAGGACAAAAUUUUUAUAUUUUAUUUUCUAAUUACACAUGGAGAUUUGGAGCUUGAACCGGACAUAUUUCACCUUGUUUUAAAGUGACUUCUGCUCUAAAGAGCUCUUGCAUAGUCCUGCCACUGCUUUUUAUAUUUAUCAGCUGACCAAAACUUAACAAUGUAAUAAGAGUAUUACAACAAUAGUAGCAUAGCCUAAAUGCAACAAGCUUGAUGAUUAUAUUAAAUAAAGGUAAACUUAACAUUUUCUUUCCAGAAGGUUCCCUAUUGAUUGUGACUUAUACUAACAAGCUGACACAUCUGUGUCAGCACAUCUGUCUGUGUGCCUACAGUCAUAUGCAAAAGUUAUGGCACAAUAUGUUAAACUCAACAAAUAAGAUGUAUAUUUCCUGUAGCGGAUGUGUUAAUGUGAAUUAUGUAAAAAGCAGCAAAACAUUUAACCAGAUUUUGCAUAUGACUGUGCAUAUUGCAUAUUGAUGGCCAGCACUUCUAGUUUUUGUUUUAAGAAAAAAAGGCUGGAGUUUCUAAAGUAGGUCAGAUUUUUGUAGUUUCCUUGCCUCUUAAGCAGUUUUCACUGAACUUUGACUGCUGUUGUCCAACAAAUUAUUGUCUCUCUCCAGGAUUUGGUGAUGCACAUUCAGUGUCGCCUUGUAUUCUGAGAAAUGGCUUGAUUUCACCUACUAAAGCUAGAACCAUUAUUGCCA